AUGGCCCAGCAGGCAGCAGCUGAUCAUCAGUUGACGGCGGGCCGCGGCAUCAUGGUGCCGGUGUGCACGGCGGCGGCAGAGGGGCGGAACAUGGCGGCAGGGAACAACAAGCAGCAGAAGCAGCAGGGGAGCAGCUGCUGCUCCGAGCAUGAUCAGGACAUGGCGGACCUGGAGCUGGCGCUGGCGCUGCCGAUGGGCGUGCAGCGACAGGACUCGCUGUACAGGGACGCGACGAGGGCGGGCGGCGGCGGAGGCGGCAACGGGAGCCAGCAGGAAGGGUGGGCGCGGACUCUGCGGCUGGCGUUCCAGUGCGUCGGCGUCCUGUACGGCGACAUCGGGACGUCGCCGCUGUACGUGUACUCGAGCACCUUCACCGGCGGCAUCCGCGACGUGGACGACCUCCUGGGCGUGCUCUCCCUCAUCAUCUACAGCUUCCUCCUCUUCACCAUCAUCAAGUACGUCUACAUCGCGCUCAGAGCAAACGACGACGGAGACGGCGGUACGUUCGCGCUCUACUCGCUCAUCUCUCGGCACGCCAAGGUGAGCAUGGUGCCCAACCACCAGCCGGAGGACGAGCUGCACACGACGGACGACGCCUUGGGCGCCGUGCUGGGCAAGCGCGGCAGCAUGCGGCGGCGGUCGGUGCAGCUGGCGUCGCACCGGGAGCAGCGGGCCGUGUGGGUGAAGGAGCUGCUGGAGACGAGCAAGCCCGUGCGCAUCUCCCUCUUCUUGGUCACCAUCGUCGCCACCGCCAUGGUCAUCAGCGACGCCUGCCUCACGCCCGCCAUCUCCGUCCUCUCCGCCGUCGGGGGGCUCAAGGAGAAAGCGCCAAACCUCACCACAGACCAGAUCGUGUGGAUCACUGUGGGUAUCCUGGUGCUGCUGUUCGCCGUGCAGCGGUUCGGCACCCACAAGGUGGGCUACCUGUUCGCCCCCGUCGUCCUGCUGUGGCUGCUCCUCAUCGGCGGCGUGGGCGUCUACAACCUGGUGAAGCACGACGUCAGCGUCCUCCGCGCCUUCAACCCCAAGUACAUCCUGGACUACUUCCGCCGGAACGGCAGGGACGCCUGGGUCUCCCUCGGCGGCGUCCUCCUCUGCUUCACCGGCACGGAGGCGCUGUUCGCCGACCUGGGCUACUUCAGCGUGCGCUCCAUCCAGCUCAGCUUCGGCUUCGGCCUCGUCCCCGCCGUGCUCCUCGCCUACAUCGGCCAGGCCGCCUUCCUGCGGCGGUACCCGGAGCAGGUGGCCAACACCUUCUACCAGUCCACGCCGGAGUCCAUGUUCUGGCCCACCUUCGUGCUGGCGCUGGCGGCGUCGGUGAUCGGCAGCCAGGCCAUGAUCUCCUGCGCCUUCGCCACCAUCUCGCACUCGCAGGCGCUGGGCUGCUUCCCGCGGGUCAAGGUGCUCCACACGUCGCGGCAGUACCAGGGCCAGCUCUACAUCCCGGAGGUGAACUUCCUGCUCGCCCUCGUCGCCUGCGUCGUCACGCUGGCGUUCAAGACCACGGCCGUGAUCGCCGAGGCGCACGGCAUCUGCGUCGUCCUCGUCAUGCUCAUCACCACGCUGCUGCUCACCCUGGUGAUGCUCCUGGUGUGGCGCGUCAACGCCGCCUGCGUCGCGCUCUUCUUCGCCGUCUUCGCCGCCGCCGAGUCCGUCUACCUCUCCUCCGUGCUCUACCGGUUCGCGCACGGAGGGUACAUCCCGGUCGCCAUGUCCGCGCUGCUGGUGGCCGUCAUGGUGCUGUGGCACUACGUGCACGUGAAGCGCUACAAGCACGAGCUGGAGCGCACGGUGUCGCACGAGAGCGUCGUGCGGGACCUGCUGCCGCGCUGCCGCACCGUCCCGGGCGUCGGACUCUUCUACACGGACCUGGUGCAGGGCAUCCCGCCCGUGUUCCCGCACCUGGUGGACAAGAUCCCAUCCAUCCACGCCGUCCUGCUCUUCGUCUCCGUCAAGCACCUGCCAGUGCCGCACAUCGACGCAACGGAGCGCUUCCUAUUCAGGCAGGUGACGGAGGCCGGCACUGGCACUGGCACCGGCAACGGCGCCGCCACCGGCAGCAGCCCCAGCAGCACCCCGCGGGUGUUCCGGUGCGUGGCGCGCUACGGCUACCGGGACCCGCUGGAGGAGGCCAGGGACUUCGCGGCCAGCCUGGUGGAGCGCCUCCAGUACUACAUCCGCGACGUCAACCUCUACGGCGUGGACCACCAGCAGCCGGGCGCCAAGGUCAGCUACCCGAGCUCGCGCUGCGACAGCAUGGUAGUGGCGCGGCAGAGGUCGGUCAUGAUGCUGCGCCAGUCAUCGGCCGCGUCCUACUACUCAUACACUACGGAGACGGCGGCGACGACGACCCAGCAGCUUCAGCUGGCGAGGGCCAGGUCCACGUCGGGGGGUGGCCCGCCGCCGCCUGGCAUCCUCCACUCGGCGUCGUGCGCGGAGAGGGCCGACCAGCUGUCCCGCGCCAGGUCCACGGGCAUCUUCGCGGAGGAGAUGGUGACGCCGGCGGAGUCGUUCUCGGAGCUGUCGCGGAUGGGGAGCAUCGGCGGCAUGCAACAACAGGCGGCGGCGGCGGUGAAGAUCAGCCUGGAGGAGAUGGCUCGGAUCGAGGAGGAGCAGCGGUUCAUCGAGCGGGAGAUGGAAAAGGGGGUGGUGUACAUCCUCGGGGAGAGCGAGGUGGUGGCGCGGCCGCACUCGUCGCUGCUCAAGAAGAUCCUCGUCAACUACGCCUACGCCUUCCUACGCAACAACUGCCGCCAGGGGGAGAAGAUGCUCGCCAUCCCAAAGUCGCAGCUGCUCAAGGUCGGCAUGUCCUACGAGAUCUGA